AUGGCAGAAAGAAGAGCCGCUAUUUUUGGUACUGAAAAAGAUCAACAAAAUUGUCCAUUUUAUUUAAAAAUUGGAGCCUGUAGACACGGUGAUAGAUGCUCAAGAUUACACAAUAAGCCAGUUAUAAGUCAAACGAUAUUAUUACCAAAUUUAUAUCAAAGCCCAAUUUCAAAGAAGGCAAUAGAACAAAAUGGAGGUGUAGCACCAAAUCUUACAGAGGUAGAACUUCAGCAACAUUUUGAUGAGUUUUAUGAAGAUAUUUUUGAAGGUUUAACAAAGUAUGGUCAAGUUGAUUUAUUAAAUGUUUGUGCAAAUCUAGGUGAUCAUUUGGUUGGUAAUGUCUAUGUAAAAUAUGCCAGAGAAGACGAAGCCAAUGAAUCAAUUAAAGGUUUAAAAGGAAGAUUUUAUGAUGGUAGACCAAUUAUUGCAGAGUUUUCACCAGUGACUGAUUUUACAGAAGCAAGAUGCAGGCAAUAUGAUAUUGGAGCAUGUAAUCGUGGUGGAUAUUGUAAUUUUAUGCAUCUUCAUACACCAUCUAAAUCGCUACAGAUUAAACUAUUUGGUGAUAGAAGAAGCAGAAGUCCAAGCCCAAGAGGAAGAUAUGAAAGAGGUGGAGGUGGAAGAGAUCAAGAAAGAUAUAAUGAUAGAGACAGAGAUUAUGGAAGAGGCAGAGGCUACGACAGAUACAACGACAGAGAUAGAGGUUAUGACAGAUACAAUGAUAGAUACGACAGAGAUAGAGGCUAUGGCGGCAGACGUGAUUCUUAUGACCGUGAUCGUAGAUACAACGACAGAGAUAGAGAUUAUGGAGGCAGACAUUCUAAAUCACCAGAUUAUUCAAGAGCACCCCCAGAUCGUAAUGGUGAUUUUAAUAGAUCUCAUUAUCCACCACCUCCAGAAAAUGGUCAACCACCACAUCCAAUUGACUAUUACCCACCUCCAAUUUCUAGUGGAAUGAGUCCAUUACCAACACAACAACAACCAAUUUCAAGUGGAAUGAGUGGUUAUCCUCAUAGUGAACAGCCACCACAACCUCCACAACAACCACCACCACAACAAACAACUAAUGGUAAUAAUAGUAACAACAAUAAUAAUAGUAAUACAGUUCCAGGCGAAAAGAGAAAAGAAAGAGAAAAUGAAGAUCAAAAUAGCGAUAAAAGACUAAAAGUGGAGCCAAAUGAUUCUGGGGAUCACACAAGUAUUCAGUGGUCAUCAUCUGAUGAAAGAAGAACUGAUGACUAUGAUGUCAAAACUUCUUUAAAAACCUCAAUUGCUGAAACUAAAGAAUGA